AGGCGAAACCGUCGUGACGUCAAUCAGCUCCACCAGCUUUACGGAUGACACCCUCAGCAUCUUUGUUAACAACGGUAGUACCAUCGUGUGGAUACUGCGGAUCACUGGCUCGUCCACUGAAGGUGCAAGAUUGCGGCUGCGUUUACUGGAAGAUAUAUUUAGCUGUCCAGAUGGAUGUGAAAUCCCUUUGGUCUAUAAGAACGACAACUUUUGUGACUGCUCGGAUUGCGCGGAUGAAGAGACCUGGACCUGUGGCACCUGUGGAGCCUUCAACGAGGACGAAGAUCAGCAGGAGGCCCAAGACGUAGGUAUCGGUGUCGGCGUGGGCGUGGGCACGGCCGUGGCCCUGGGCAUUGGCCUCGGCGUGGGCCUCGGCACCGGCGUCGGCAGCGGCCUCAGCGCCGGCAGCGCCGGCAGCGCGGGCAGCGCGGGGAUGGCGAACGUGGCGCCGCCCGGCUUCGCGUUUCUCAUGGCGCAGGGGAAGAUGAGGCUGAAAGUGAAAGAUCGCUCGAUGCUGACGAACCCCGACUUUGCGGACGCGCUGAAGGACGCUGGCGGACGCUGGCGACACCAGGGGAGAGAGACCAUCGCCAGGGUGUCGGGCAGCGGCGUAAGUGCUGCGAUGGUCGAGCUGAUCAUCAACUGCGCCAAUGCAAUGCGCAGGAUGUUAGCGGAGAACCAUCUCAGAAGACUGCAGAUGAGCCCUACCGUAGGCGUAUGUUUUAAUGUGCGCGUGGCGGAUAGUGCGGCCGAGGAGGUGUGUCAAACCUUAAGCGGCCUGGACGCGAACAACGUGGGCAGCGUGCUCGCUGAUGAACUGGAUCAAGCGGGCAUUGAUCCGAGUGCAGUCAGUGUUGUUGGAUAUGAUGCGGAACCCAACCCGCGGUCCUACAGUCCGUUACAACAAUCAGAUGUCAUGGAUGGUGGCGUCUUUGUCCCGCCAGAGAGUGUGAGUCUUGGAAGAAGACUCUGGAACCGAGCGGAUCGAAGUGAUCGUUAA